CAAUCAGAAGUAAAGAAUCACCAACCUGACAACGAUAAAUAUUAAAAUAAGGACCAACGUCAUCAGCAAACCAAUAUGGUUUGUUUGGUAUCCAUCAUGCUGAUGUCAUGGUAACCAAGUUGUGUAGUAAACGCCGUAAAUCCUCAAUUCUUCCACUUUGGAUAUCCUUAAUCUUCUGAGCGGUUGGGUUUUCAUUUUUAGGGAUUGCUCAAUAUAUAGAUUAGGCCUACAAUUCUUACUUUGCUGUUAUUAAACGGAUAAAACAUGGAAACUUUUAGGUUUGCCGUCUUUGUUCUGUUGGUAUUACCGUCUAUUAUGGCAAUGACUACACCUGACACGGCUACAGAGAUCACUUCAAUUUACCAAACAUCACUAGCAGUACAGACACAAGAUCCCGAUACUGGAACCUCAAGUACUUCAGUGCAUAAUGAUGCAACAAGUGAUAGAGUAACAACAGGUUCCACAAAUGCGCCAGAAAGAACAGAGACUACCAACCCGUCCGGAAAUACAGAUUCUCCAGGAACAAACCUACCAAGAAAUACUGAUACCCCAGGAACCAGCCCAGACACCCCAGGAAGUACAGAUGCAACUAACGCUCCAGGAGGAACCGGUACCAAUCCUCCAGGAAACACAGAUGUCACCAAUGCCCCAUCAGGAAAAACAGAGGCAACUAACCCUCCUGGAGAGACAGAUGCCCCAGGUCAAACGGAUGUCACCAAUGCCCCACCGGGAAAAACAGAGGCAACUGACCCUCCUGGAGAGACAGAUGCCCCAGGUCAAACGGAUGUCACCAAUGCCCCACCGGGAAAAACAGAGGCAACCAACCCUCCAGGGGAGACAGAUGCCCCAGGUCAAACGGAUGUCACCAAUGCCCCACCGGGAAAAACAGAAGCAACCAACCCUCCAGGAGAGACAGAUGCUCCAGGAAAAACAGAGGCAACUAACCCUCCAGGGGAGACAGAUGCAACUAAAGCUUCUGAAAAGACAGUUACCACUAACCUACCAGAUAGUACUGAUGCCGCAGGAAAGACAGAAAUCACCGAUGGUCCAGGAAAUACGAAAACUACUCCGAAGACGGAAGGUCCUACUUCAAAUAAAACAAUAACACCCGAACCUAUCGAGCCAGAAGAAGUUGUAUUCACCGUAAAGACAGCACUUGUAAAUUACCCGGAUGAUAAGAUUCUUACAAUCGGUGGGGGCGCUCUAAUUACCAUCACAGCUACUAUUGAUAUUAUCAAUAGUUCCUUGGAGUAUAUCGAAAUCGAUGAAACAAAGGUUAUUGUCUACCCGGGUAAUAGCGAGAUGCAAGAACUAGCAGAUGGAAUAGAGCUUGACUUUGACCGGUUCAAUCUGACCGUGGGCGAAUCGGUAUCGUUUGAAAAGUUGAAUGCUACACUUCAACUGGAUGCUGUCCUGUGUACGACAUUCACUCAUGUAUGCAUACGAGUAGAGCCAGAAACUAAUGCGAGAUGGAAGAUAUCGAGUGAAGGAAGUAUUGAUCGAAGCUGUGAUCUCAUCUCAUGUUCCGGAUCGACGAGACUUGUUGUUUCUGGGCUGUUGAUGGCGCUAUGCCUUUUUAUUUCAAGAUUAGCCGGUGAGCAUAGUGCCUGAAACCAGAAUAUGAUGCUUUAAUGGAUGGAGCUCCGAAUUCAGCAAAUUAGUUUUUUUUAUACUUUUGUUUACCAAUAUUUUUUUUCUACAUGAAACAAUUAUUGAAUUAUGUGGCCAUGAUAUUGAUUGCAAUGUUUUCUACUUCGAAGGAUUUAUUAUGAAGUCUAAAAAUGGCAGGGGAUGUUUUUCAGCACCAACGAUCUCUGGACUCCAAACUUGGCGCACAUUUUUAUAUGCAACUUAUUACAAAUUCGAGGUCGAAUCAAUUUUUUUUUUUACACAUGAGUAUUCAAAUUCCAAGAUUCGAAUGAAAUAAACGAACAAACUUUGUAUUUUUAUGAAUGAUUUACAAUUCGAACCAAAAAUAAUUACUUUCUAAGUCUGUCUUUGUUUUAAUGAGAUGUAAUUGUGAUAUAACUCCUUCAAAUUUUCACCAAAAUUACAGACAUCCGAAAACUAACUAGUUUUGGGGAUUAAGGACAAGAUAAAAAAAGGGAUAGGGGGAUAGACAGAACAUGCAACUAUACCAUUUUGUAAUCUAAAAUGCGAUUUAAAAGAAAUACAUGAUUACAUCUUUACAUUGAAGUAUGCCGUCAUGCCAGGCAUAAGCCAUAUUUUGGCUUCUGUAAAGUUGUAUACAAUUAGGCUUUUUUUAUUUGAAACCUAAUAUUUGAUGUUCUUUAGAAAACAAAGAUCAGUAAAAUUCAGAUUUCUAUUGUGUGUUUCCAUUAGAAGGUUAAUUUGUAUAUAUAUAUGUAAAUACCGCGAUGUCUUUCAAUUCUUAAAAUUAUUUGUAUUUAUUUUGAAGGUUACAUCCGUCCUUUCCGCAGUCAGCAUAAAAAACCCCUCGCUAUAUUUAAAUGUUUUAACCAACAUUUCAGAUUAGUUUAUAAUAAUAUUAACCUGCGGACUGUUGUAAGAGAAACACCAAAUUCAUUUUACACACAGUUUUCUUUUAACCAACUGUUGGUUAGUUCUUAUGUUAAUCAACCUGGUAUUUUCCCUCAUGAGAGUUGUCACUUAUUAUGUACAUAAUUUUAACAGUGAGAUAUAUUAACCAGCAUACAUGGUUUAGUAUGAACAUUAAAAUGUUCUUUUAUUUUCAAGUACAUGAUAUACACAUAUAAUACGAUUACACUAUUCCCGUUCAUAGGUGUAAAGGCCACCGCACACCUUACGACUGUUCGCGAUCCGAUUUUGGAACAAAUCGCAUUUUGCUGAUUUUCCGAAAAUGUGAAUGGAACAUAUCAUUUUAUUUGAGGUUAAAAUUAAUUGAAAGAAUACUAAUAAAACCAUUUUGAAAGAUUGUAAGCUUUUAUUUUGGAGUCAAGGCCAAAUUAGUUUCAAAUCGUAGCCAAUCGUACGACUGAUAUGACGUCAUUACAACUAGAUAUUAAAUUCGCUUUUAUUCUAAGAAGGAUGAUAGCAUAGUCACAUAUUUGAACACAUGUAUUCGUACGAUGAUCUAGAACAUUACACAGUCAGACAUUCCAAGUCUCAAUAUUAGCAUCAAAUUCUAAUACAUUUUAUUAUGAAAUCGGGUCGCAGACCAAUCGUAUAGGUGUGCGGUCGCCUUAAUAGACUGAUUUAAAAUAUUCUUGACGUGUAUUAACCUUAUCGGUUGUGUAAGGUAUAUAACGAUGGAAUAAAACAUUUUCUCAUUCCAGUCCGCCUGAUCGUUUUAUUCUUAAAAAGUUCUAAUAAAUGGUAUGCCUAUCAUCU